AUGUUCGCACAUACCCUAUCCCUUGCACUUGGCCCCUUGCUCUUCUUUGGCUCGGCUCUCGUUGUCGCAUCCGCCGGCUAUGUCGUCUAUCAGUGCUUCUUCUCGCCCAUAGCUGCUUUUCCGGGGCCAUUCGCAGCCAAAUUCACCAAGAUAUGGCGAGCGUACGCCACAUACCAAGGCCAAUGGCAUCGGGAAAUAAUGGAAUUGCAUCGACGAUACGGCAAUGUUGUGCGAAUCGGACCGAACGAACUAAGCGUAGGGGAUCCGGAAGCGUUUAGGACAAUUUACAGGGUCAACGGUGCCUUUGUCAAAUCCGCUUGCUACGCAGUACUUCAGGGAUCGCGGCCUUUUGACUUAACGGGGGAGCGCAAUGAGAAGAUUCACUCGGCCCAGAGACGGCUCGUGGCACGCCCUUAUUCGAUGGAGUCGGUUGCCCACCUCGAGCGCCAGGUCACCCAUCUCAUCGACGACUUACUCAUCAAGUUUGAUUCCUUUGCUGCAUCGUCACGCCCCAUUGACAUUGGUAAAUGGUUCCAACUCUUUGCCUUUGACGUCAUUGGAGCCGUCUCCUUUACAAAACCCUUUGGGUUUGUUGCUCAGGCUGAUGAUGAUGGCAUGUUUACUCGAAUUGAGCGAUCCUUGGGCAACACUGCUUGGUUGAUGCACGUCCCGUGGAUCUUCAACUUUCAUCAAAAGUACAUCCUCCCAGUUUUUGGGAAUUUCCUUAGGGCAAAUGAUAGAAACGACUUUUUUUUCAAGUUUGCAAAGUCCGAGGUGCAAGACCGAAGAGACAAGGGAGGCAUCGACAACGAUCUUGUGGGACAGCUCUUCCAAGCUGCACAUUCCAAGACGGAACUGAACGAUCUCGUAAUCUCUUUCAUGAUGGCGUCCAACGUCUUUGCAGGGUCUGACACAACGUCUGCUGCUCUUCGGGGUAUCUUCCUCAAUCUCCUCCGCCACCCUCGCGUUCUAUCGAAGCUCAGGGCCGAGCUGGGGGAGCGGCGGGCCGCGGGCUGUCUUUCAAGUACAGUCACCUUUCAGGAAGCUGAAGCCAGUCCUUAUCUGCAAGCCGUCAUGCAUGAGGCGAUGAGGGUCUUCAGCCCGGUAGGAUUCAAUCCCGACAGGGAUGUUCCCAAAGAGGGAAUGACGAUCAACGGCAUAUUUGUUCCCGGAGGUACUGUCGUCGGCAGUAACGCGUGGGUUAUACACCGUAUGCCUGAGGUGUGGGGUCCCGAUUUCGAAGAGUUCCGGCCUGAGCGCUGGUUGGAGCGCGAGAGCUCAGGUGAACUGAAGAGAUUCUUUUUCGCCUUCGGCGGCGGUACGAGAACAUGCAUUGGAAAAAACAUCAGUUGGCUGGAGAUAGGGAAGCUCGUUGCUACUCUCGUGAUGCGAUACGAUUUUGAGCUUGUCGACGACGCAAACAUAACCGAAUCAUGCGGUGGACUCGUAUUCAUGAAGGGAUUGAAGGUUCAACUUAAGUCCAGAGAAGCCUAA